UAAUUUUAAAUAAUGUCAAAGAAAUAUAAGAAAUUAUGGUAAUAUUAAUGUAUAAAUCAACACAGUUGUCUACGAUAAAAUAAUUCAAAGUGUAAUAAAAUAAUAGAAGAUGAGAAGGAUCACAAAUCGUAACAAGUUAAAGAUAUUACCCCUAAACAUUUUUAAAAUUUCCCUUGUUCUAGAAGGAAUACACUGACAUUCAUGAAUAUUAUAUAAUCUAAUUGACAUAGAAAAAAGUUCAUAAGAUAUGAAAUUAAACUUAUAAAAAAUUGUUUUACUUUUUAAAAGUCGAAAAAGUAAUUUUUAAAUUUAAAUUAGCUUAAAUUUCUAAUUUUAUUAUGCGUCAAAAGCGACGAAGAGUUGCCAAAUUAGUAACACUUGUGUCUUUCACACUUCAGAUAAUAUAUCAUUUAUCAGAUGUUGAAAAGUGUACAUAUUUGAAAACUAACGGAAAAUGUCUAAAUUUUAAAUUUAAAUUCAAUCCAGUUGAUGAAGAUUGGAAAAGAAACAAAUGUGAAAGUUUGGGAUUUACGUUUAUACAACAUAAGAAAUUUCAGUCAGUUUUAUGUCAAAAUUACGAUACAGAAGAAUUAUAUAAAGUAUUUUCUGAACUAAUAUGUGGAGAUUCAAAAUAUCUAAAAAAACUACAAAAAAAUAUUUGUUUAAGCAUAAAAACAAAUGAUGACAUUAAAAAUCUUUUUGCUGAUGAAGAAUCAUUUAAUGAUUAUCUAAAUCAUCAUAUAAUAUUUGAAAAUCCAGUUUCACCAUAUGAAAAAGAUGGAACAGAAGAAUGUCCGAUUUGCUUGAAAAAUGACCAAUUAUCUGUUCUUUUGAACAAGUGUCUCCACUCUUUAUGUAAUAAUUGUGCUGAUAUACUAGUAGGUAGAAAUGAAAAGAAAUGUCCACUUUGUAGAACAAGAUUUAGUCAUUACAUAGACGAAGUCGAAGGUAAUGUAAUUAGUAAAUGUAGUUUGAUAGAAUAUGUUGCUGUAGCACAUUACCUGGAUGUGUGUAUUUUUUUGUGCAUAAGAAAAGGUGAAUGGGUGUAUUUUGACAAAAACGGGCCUAAUUACUCUAAAAAACAUAUGGACGGCAAAAAGUGUAUUUAUCUCUUCUAUAAUGAGCAUGAGAAAACUAUUGGAGUUGUCGUUGACACAGAAGACUAUCUAAGUUUGAAGAGAUUAUAACGUUUUAAAUAUAUUUAAAGAAGAUAAAUGUUCUAUUAUAAUAUCUUUAUUUUAGCUUGGAUGUUUAAUAAUAAUUAUAAAAA